AUGGGGAUUGUUCUCAGUAAAAACAGCAGCGAUUCCGGGCAAAGGACUUCGACUUCGACUUCUGACGUGAAUGAAGAAAACAGGGUAUCUUCAUUCGAGCCAGGGCGUCGUCUUGUCUUAAACGAAGUAAGCGGAGAAUUCGCUCAAGAAAGAGACACCGAGAACACAAGUUCCCCGUCGCCACGCAAGGAAGAAAGCAACGAAGAAUCAGCAGAUUCUUCGGAUAAGGAGAAUCAAUACCCGAAUCAUCGUCCUUCAAGGGCAGACGAUAGUAGAUCUCCGGAUUCUGUCGCGGAAACUGAAAACUUUAAGGAUUCUGACGUUGAAAUCGGCGCAAACUCGGUAGUACUUUCUGAAUCCCAAAUUCAGCACGAACAGGACGAAUCAUUAGUAUCUGAUCCUCUCGAAGAAGAAGAAGAAAAAGAACACGAAGAAGAGGUCGCUAGCGGUAACGAGUCGGAAGAAAAGGAUAGUCCGAGGCAAAAUAGCUUCGAGGAAGGAACUUCAGGCGAUAAUAAUAGCGAUAAAGAUAGUCCGUCGAAAGCUUCAAAUUCUUCAAGUUCGACUCCAAAGCGGCCUUAUUCGGGUUCAGACAAUCGAAGCUCCGAAGAAAGGACCCCCAAGAGGCGACGUCAGUCAGUUUCAGAUAGCGAGGACAACCGCCGAACUUUAUUUACUGACUCGGAAGAUAACCCCAUUAAACAGAGGAGAUUAACUUACCGUGAACAAGUAGAAGCCUAUAGACGUAGAGUUGACGCCGGAAGUACACCAGGACGGAAGAGUUCAUCUUCAGAAGAAGAACCGCCGCCGCCUUCGCCACCAUUUAGAUAUUCGGAAUUAUAUUGGGAGCAGCGGCGUGCUUCAGACGCCGACUCUGAACCUGAUUCCGCCUUCAAAUAUAGACCUAAUGCGAAUUAUCACCGUACAUCACCGCGAAAUUAUAGUGACGAAGAGGAAGAGGAGGAGAUCCCAGAAAGCGAUACCGAUCAGAAUUCAGGAGGACCACUAGGCUAUAGGGUAGAAACCCGUAGUACCAAUUACGAGUCAAGCGAAACGUCAGAAGACGAGGCUCGCAGGAGGACCGUGAGGCGUGUAGUUCGCCGGCGUCGUAGACCACGCAAUCCCGAACAUCGCGAACCUGAGUAUCGCGGGGAAGAGCAAAGUGAGAGUUCGCCACUACCGUCCAGUGAAUCCCCCGAUCGCCAAGACAACAGCGACGAAAACGAGAGCGACGAAGAGGAGAAGCGGGUUAUACCUUCAAGGCGUCGCACUACCGACGAUCAGCAGCCCAGCUUCUCAGGCUGGGGAUAUCUAACGUGUCGUCAGGACGCAGACUAUUUCUCGGAACCCACCGACGGGAAGAUCAUCAGGAAGAGGAAGUCGCCAUUUGAGGAAGAAUCCUCGAAUCAAUCAAAGAGACGACCAUCAGAAGACACCGAGAGCGAAGACUCUGAGAAGGAAGACUCUGAGAAGGUAGAUUCUGAGAAGGAAGAUUCUGAGAAGGAAGAUUCUGAUAAAGAAGAUUCUGAUAAAGAAGAUUCUGAUAAAGAAGAUUCUGAUAAAGAAGAUUCUGAUAAAGAAGAUUCUGAGAAAGAAGAUUCUGAGAAAGAAGAUUCUGAUAAAGAAGAUUCGGACAACGGAGGUUCUGAUACCGAGAAGGAAGAUCGAAAUACCGAUAAACGCGAUUCCGAUACCGAUAACGAUUCCAAUACUGAAGAUCCGCAAGAUCCCAGAGAUUCUCAAGAUUCGGCUUCUGACAACGAGCAGGUUCCCGAUUCUACUGGGGAGCCCGACCAAGACAACGAGCAGUUUCCCGAUUCUACCGAGGAGCCCGACCAAGACAACGAGCAGUUUCCCGAUUCUACCGAGGAGCCCGACCAAGACAAGGAACUAGGACAGACUGCCGCUUGGACCAUCACACCCGAUGAUCCCAAGGGCAUUCAAGACUUCCAAGACUUCGUCCUAAAGCAGGUGCAACUGAUCAAUGAAAUCAUCGAGGUCGGCCAUCAAGUAUUCCAACUGGGAUCAAUAGUUUGCCAUGGUGACUUUACGUUCUUUCAAACACUUUACGAGCGGAAAGUUCCAAUAGAAGAGGUCGUUGAGCUAGUCUACCGGGGCAUUCUCGGUGUCAAGGAGGAGCUCAGGGUGGCAUUGAUAGCCCGCCAAGAUCUAAGCGAGCCACAUUCGAAAGACAUCAUCAGGCCAGGAGAUAAACUAGCCUAUUUAAGAUUGGAUUUGUUCAAUAAAUUUGUAUCAAAAGUCAAUCAGUCCGAGAGGAUCGUGGAUCAACGCCUUCUUGAGCUGCAGGAGGUACGGAAACAGCAGGGACUACUGGAGCAGAAGCAGCGCGUCUUGGAGAGAGUGCGCCAGCAGCGGGAACAGCACCGCCUGCAGCAGCUUCAGGUGGAGCGGGAGCGUGAGGAGCGCCAGGAGGAGGAGCAGCGGCGCCUGGAGCUCGAACGCCACUUGGAGCGUUGGAAGGAGGACUUCAAUCGCCAGCUGCGACUGCAGCGCGAGCAGGAGGAGAUCAAGUUGAGGCAAGAGGAGGAGAACAGGAAGCGAGAAGAGGAGCGCAGGAGCAACUACGACAGCUACUACUGCCAACUGCCGAAGCACAAGCACCGCGAGCAGAUGCAAAACGAAAUGGUCAGCAUUCCAGUGGCUAAUUUGAACGGUGGCCUCAAGGCGGCCAGCAGUGGAUCCGGUGGUGUGGUCGGUGUGGUCACCUCCUCCGGCGUUGUCUCCUCGGCCGUGCUGGCCAAUGCGCCGCGUGUCUAUCUGACGCCCUCCUCCACAUUCAUGGCCAAUCGUGGUCAGGUGGCGGCGGGGGCGGGGGCCACCGGAAAGAUUGCAGGAGGGAGCAACGUAACUUCAUCCGUCGGCACAUCUUCGGCCACCGCCGGCACUGUACGCUACUUUUCGCAAUUCAGCAAAAUGCAAACCGCCGGCGGACCCAGUUUGCAGCGUAAACUGGCCAACGGCGACACCAUUGUGCUGGCCAACGGCAACAAGAGUCUGUUCCUCAGCAGCAGUGGAGGCGUUGGAGGCGACAAGGCCACCAAUGGCAAUAGUUUGCUAACGGCCAAAACGGAGCUUCUCGAGGAGGAAGUCAUGCAGCCGGGAACUGUGAUUGUCGACUGCGACGACGACGACGACGAGGAUGAGAAUGAGAAUGAGGAUGAGGACGAUGAAGAUGGGGAGGAUAAGGAUGAGAAGAACAACAGCCACACUGCCAAAUCCAGUGGGGUUCAACAGGAGCAGCCGUUGGCUUUGACCACCGCAACCAACAAUGCAGCCGCCUCCGAUGAUGAACCCGAACUGGAUAUUGUUAUUAAUAAUGUGGUAUGCUCCUUCAGCGUGGGCUGCCACCUCAAGCUGCGCGAAAUCGCUCUCCAGGGCUCAAAUGUCGAGUACCGUCGUGAGAACGGUAUGGUGACAAUGAAGCUCCGCCAUCCGUACACGACGGCAUCCAUUUGGUCCUCGGGCAGGAUCACGUGCACUGGAGCCACCUCCGAGGCAAUGGCCAAGGUUGCGGCUCGCCGCUAUGCGAGGACCCUGGGCAAGCUGGGAUUUCCCACCCGCUUUCUCAACUUCCGGAUCGUGAAUGUUCUGGGCACCUGCAGCAUGCCCUGGGCCAUCAAGAUCGUCAAUUUCUCGGAGCGCCAUCGCGAGAAUGCGAGCUACGAGCCCGAGCUGCACCCGGGCGUGACCUACAAGAUGCGCGAUCCCGAUCCCAAGGCCACGCUCAAGAUCUUCUCCACCGGCAGCGUGACCGUGACGGCGGCCAGCGUUAGCCACGUGGAGUCGGCCAUUCAGCACAUUUACCCGCUCGUCUUUGAGUUCCGCAAGCAGCGUUCGCUGGAGGAGCUGCAGCAUCUGCGCCAGAAGCAGCACAAGCAAGCGGGCGGUGAUCCCAGCGAACUGGAGAAGCUGAUCGUUGCGGAGAACAAGGCGGCCGGACUGGAUGAUAUCUUCCUCAACACAACGGCGGCGCACACGAAGCCCUCGCCGAAUGAGCGUACGCCGGCCACAUCGGGCAUCCUCACGAGCACCAUCGAUAGCAUGCAGCGUUUGAAGCAGAUCGAGAAUUAUUCUCACAUGAUGAAGCUGACGCAGGAGGAGCGCCGACACAUACCCUUCCAGGGUGAGAAGGUUAACCCGGCGGCGGCUUCUACUUCGGCGGCAGCUGCUGCUUCGUCGGGGGAUAAUAUCUGUGCCAAUGCCCGUCGCCGGGCCACCGAGUGCUGGGCCACCAAGCUGCAGUACAAGCGUCCGCGUUACAAUGAUCCCGGCACCACGGGCACCGUCAAUGCCUCGUCAACAGCCGCCUCCUCCUCAGCUGCCUCGUCAUCCUCCUCACAGGCAGCGCCACACCUGCGUACUAAUCCUCUCAAGACGGCCGCUUUGGCCAAUGCCCGCAUGCGUGGCGCCAAAAUGCCAACGGUGCUCAAGCCGGGCACGCGUCUAGCGCCCAUCGGCGGUGGCUAUCUGCAGCACCAGCAGCAUCUGCAGCAGCAGCAGCAGCUGCAACAGCAGCAGCAGAAGAUGCGCCAGACCAGCUUCUCGCCCAGCGAGUUCGAUGUGGACGAUUUGAUCGAGGAGGAGGAGAGCAACGAGCUGGACAUGCAGUAUUGAGCUAGCCAAGCAGCUGCCCAAGCCAAAAAAACACAUUUAAACAUUAACAUUUAAAUGAUGAUAAUUCGAUGGAAAAGAAAAGCAAACAGAGAGCUUUUCCCCGAAUUUGUUGGCACUUUGUUUAAGCCAUUUUUCAUCACAAUACAAACACACACAUUUAUUUUUGUGCUCGCCGCAUUUAAAACACGAACUCGAGGAAAACCGGACGCAGGAGCGAAAACAAAAAAAUAUUUAAAAACAAAAAAGGAUGAAAGGAGAACAUUUUAAUCCAAAGCGAAACAAAAUUCCCAGCAGCAACACCAACUAAAUAGCAGCAGCAACAACAAAACCAAGAGCCAAAUAUUUAACUUAUAAGAUUUACGUUUAAACGACUUUGUAACUUAAGCGAGCACAUCUGAAACAAACUAGCAGAGUUAGCAUAUAGCGAUGAUUUCGAACCCGAAGGAUUCCCAGCAGCAGCAGCAACCUCAAGAACAUCCAGAUGGUAAACACACAGAGAGAGCUUACCACAACGUAAACCUAAGUGUAGACUUAAAGAAAGCGUUAUGAAUACGUAUAUGCCAGCGUUUUACGUAUGCAACCAAAAAAAACGAAAUGUGCGGAUUGCUUUGAAGGAGGAGGAGUUACAAUCUAUUUUUUUUUUACUCGGUUUAAAUAGUUAAUUUAUGUGAGCAAGACCACCGCCUAAGCAAAUACUGUAAACCCGAAUGGAUCACAUACGACUUAUAUAUAUCAAGAUAGCCUUUCCCUUUUUUUUUGUUGUUUGACCAAGACCAAGUUCUUCCGGAGCAAACCAAAAUUCUCAAGAGGAAAGGAGCAGAGGAGGAGACCAGAGAAAACACUAGGAUAAUAUUAACUGAUUUAUUUCAUGUAUUUUCACACACCCAUUUAAUAAUUUUUUUUGUUUUCGCUCGUAAGUUCUAGAUGCUAUAAGCGUUGCUUCAUGUGAAGCAAAACAAACAAAAACAUUUGAAUACGAUUAUAAUUAUAUUAUAAUACCAACACACACACAAACACCUAUAUCUGGUCACUAAUAACCAAUUAUAACAAAACUGAAAAUACAGCAA